AUGACUGAAGAAGAGUCUGAAAGAUUACUCCCCAUUUCAAAUCCUGCAACAGAAGCAAAUGUACAAAGCAGGCUAUUUCAAAAAUACAAAAUUAAAUCAUACCUCAUAAAGAAAUUCCCUAUUAUCCAAUGGCUUCCAAAUUAUCGGUGGCAAUAUUUUCAGUGUGAUAUGAUUGCUGGUAUCACUGUCGCUAUGACAGUUAUUCCACAAGGAUUAGCAUAUGCAAAAAUUGCUGGGUUGUUACCACAGUAUGGACUUUAUUCAGCAUUCAUGGGUUGUUUUGUCUAUAGUAUAUUUGGUACCGCCAAAGAUAUUACUCUUGGUCCUACAGCAAUCAUGUCACUUAUGACUGCUUCCUUCGGAUCCUCCCCAAUUCAAAAUGAUCCAACAUAUGCUCUUAUAUUAACGUUUAUUGGUGGCUUUGUUCAGUUGUUAAUGGGAUUGUUUAAUCUUGGAUUCCUUAUAAGGUUUAUAUCUGCUCCUGUUCUUAGUGCCUUCACUACUGCAGCUGCCAUUACAAUUGGUUUUACUCAAGUAAAGAAUAUUCUUGGGUUGAAAAAUAUUCCUAAACAUUUUUUGGAGUGUGUGUAUUACACAUUUGCCAAAUUGGGUGAAACAAAUGUUUGGGACCUAAUUUUGGGAAUUUUUUGCAUAAUUGUUCUGCAUAUGAUUAAGAAACUCCGCACAAUUAACUGGGAUGAUGAAGGUGAAUCGAUCACUUUGUCACAAAAAAUUGCCAGAAAGUUUUUGUGGAUUUUAGGCACUGCUGCCAAUUCUGUUGUUGUGAUUGGAGCUGCUGGAAUUGCUGCUGCCAUAAUAAGUGUCUACCCUGAUAAAGCCAUGUUCACGUUAACUGGUGAAAUUCAAAGUGGAUUACCUCCCUUUAAGAUACCCAAGUUCAUCAUCAGUCAUGGAAAUAUUACUCAAUCAACAGCAGAAAUAUUUUCUAAUAUUGGACCUGGAUUUUUCAUCAUACCAUUUAUUGGAAUUAUUGAAACCAUAGCAAUUGGAAAAUCAUUUGCACGAAAAAACUGUUACAAGUUGGACGCAACUCAAGAAUUUGUUGCUUUGGGUGUUGCCAAUAUUUUUAGCUCCUUUGUAUCAUCAUAUCCUAUUGCUGGAAGUUUUUCCAGGACAGCGGUUAAUUCUCAAAGUAGUGUAAAAACACCUGCAGGUGGAAUUAUUACAGGUACUGUGGUUAUUAUCGCUUUAAUUCUUCUUACACCUGCAUUCAAGUAUAUUCCAAAUGCAGCUUUAGCAGCUAUUAUCAUGAGUGCAGUCCUUCAGAUGGUCGACUUUAAAAUUAUACAAAGAUUGUGGAAUAUACAGAAGGUCGACUUCUUUAUUUAUAUCCUCACACUGAUCGGUUCCUUUGCAUUGGGUGUAGAGUACGGUAUUCUUAUUGGUAUUGGUUUAUCUUUAUUUCCAUUGUUGUAUCCGUUGUCUCAGCCAGACAUUCAGAUACAAGAUUCAUCAAUUCCUGUCAUUUGGCUUGAAUUAGGACUCCAGUUUCCAGCUUCUGAAUACUUUGAAGACAGGAUUAUUGAUCUGUUAAAUACAAGUGGAAGACCACAGGCUGUGAUCAUUGAUUGUAAAAAUGUUUUUCGCCUUGAUUACACAGCAGUAAAGACUAUAGAGAAAAUAAUCACACAUCUUGAACAUCACAAUAUUAGUUUGGUACUAACUGGACUAAAGGCAAAUGAAAAAAAUAAACUGACUGAAGCAAGUAUUUCUCCUCUUCAAUUUUCAUCUUCUGUUGAAAGCGCAAUUGAACAAAUAUCAAAAGAAUAA